AUGAGCGUUGAGUCCUGGUAUGAGUCCGCUUUGGCCUGCAAGCCUAUCACCGAAUCAUCUGUGCGUGCCCUCUGCAACUUGGUGAAGGGCGUCUUGGCGUAAGAAUCAAACAUCGUGAGCGUGGACUCUCCGGUGAACAUUGCGGGGGACAUCCACGGUCAAUUCUACGACGUGAAGAACCUGAUCGCGAAGGGGGGCGGUCUGCCGGACAACAAGUUCAUCUUCAUCGGCGAUUUCGUGGACCGCGGCUACAACUCCGUCGAGACCAUCACCCUCCUCUUCUGCCUCAAGGUCAAAUACCCCGACCGCGUCUACCUGCUCCGCGGCAACCACGAGUCCCGCAACAUCACCAUGAUGUACGGCUUCCUCGAUGAAAUCAACAAAAAAUACGGCAACUCCAAUUGCUGGAAGUACUUCUACGAGACCUUUGACUUUUUACCACUCGGGGCCAUAGUCAAUGGAAACAUACUCUGCGUCCACGGAGGACUCUCGCCCGACCUGCCCACGAUCGACCAGAUGAGACUGCUCGACAGGAAGCAGGAGAUCCCGAACGAGGGUCCUUUGGCGGACCUGAUGUGGUCUGACCCUGAGAACAUCGAGGCGUGGCGUCGAAACUCGCGCGGAGCUGGGUGGAUUUUCGGUCACAAGGUGGUGGACCACUUCAACUUGCUCAACGACCUUUCGCUGAUCGUGAGGGCGCACCAGUUGGUGCAGGAGGGGUACAUAUACUGGUUCAACGAGCAGUUGGUGACUCUGUGGUCGGCGCCCAACUACUGCUACCGCAUGAACAACAAGGCCGCCCUGCUGCACCUCGACGAGAACGCCAAUCGAAACUUCAUCAUCUUCGAGACUGUCCCCGAGAGUUCCCAGAGCAAGAACUACAGAACCCUUAUGCCCUAUUUCCUGUGA